AUGGCGGUCAUUGAUAGAUUCACCAAAUAUGGACAUUUCAUAUCCCUUACCAGCAAUUACACAGCUCAAGAUGUAGCUCAGUUGUUCUUUAAUCAUGUUUGCAAACUACAUGGCCUACCUCUUAGCAUAGUCUCAGAUAGAGACAAGCAACCUACCAAAUGGAGACAGAGGUUGACUGCAGUUGAGUGGUGGUAUAACACCAAUUACCACUCGGCUUUACAGAUGACUCCUUUCAUGGCUCUUUAUGGUUAUCCUCCCUCUCAAAUUAGCUUGUUGCCAUCUGUGGAAAACUCCUCAAUAGCUACAAAUUGGGUGAAGGGAAGACAAGAUUGGCAUAGAUUGUUGAAAGAAAAUCUAGAGGUAGCUCAGAAUAGGAUGAAGCAGAAUGCAGAUAAGCAUAGGGUAGAGAGAAGUUUUGAAGUAGGAGAUGGGGUGUACUUGAAGCUUCAACCAUACAGACAAAGCUCUAUAGCACUUAGAAGAAAUCUGAAGCUUUCAUCCAAAUACUAUGGACCUUCUAAAAUUUUACAGAAGGUUGGAGCUUAUAAACUGGAGUUACCAGCAGAUACUCCCAUUCAUCCUGUAUUCCAUGUAUCUAUGUUAAAAAAGUCUGCUAAGGGUGUAUCCGUGAGUGGUAGUUUGCCUCAAGUUAUGGAUGAUGGCACUGUGAAAGUGGCCCCUCAAGCCAUCUUGGAUAGAAGAAUAAUAAAGAGAGGAAAUUCUGCAGUCACUCAAGUACUGGUGCAUUGGGUGAACAUGUCUCCUGCAGAAGCAACGUGGUAA